UGGUCUGGCAGCCCAGGAACUGUCAAAUCGCGAAUGAAAUUGAUUUGUUGAUGGUUCUUGCAAGUUGCAUUAUUUAAAUUUGCAAAUAAAAAUAAUGCCAUAAAUCUCACUAAAAUACUGAAACCUCAGUACAAAUUUACUGUUACAGGAAUAAAAAAUAUAAUCAGAAUGGGUGAUAGCCAAAACGGCUUCGAGGACAAUGAGAUGCUCCAAGCGUUGUAUGACUUCGAAGCGACGUUGGCGAAAACCUUAAGUUUUACGGAGGGGGAAUUUUUCUAUCUGCAACAACAGAACGUGAAACAGAGAAACUGGUGGCAUGUUGUUAAUAGAAAAGGUCAAGUCGGCUUCGUGCCCUCCAAUUACGUCGCUACAGUCAAGGUGGAGCCGGAGUUCUUUCUUGCAUUCCUUAGUAGUUGCAUUAAGUCUUUGAAUGAGGAUAAUGCCAUGUCGGGGCAGAAGCAAGAGUUGUUAGCUAGAUUGAGUGAAAAGAAGAAGCAGCUGCAGAUGUUAUUGAGGCCUCACAAUAAGAAGCCGCCAGCGCCGAAGCCUCCGCCACGCCUGGAUGAUGCUACACCUCCUAAUGGUGUCUCUCCAUCUUUUGACUUGAGGCCCGUUGUCUCUCAGCAAUAUAUUAGCGAAGAAAGAGACAGUUCUUCACCUAAAUCUGUGGUUGAAAAUGAUGAUACUAGCAAGAAAACUGGCAUUACCAAAGGCUCCUCGAUCCAGUUAUCCUCAGACACGGACAACCAAGAUGACAGCCAAGACAGCAGCGAGAGCAUCAAACCUAACGCCAUAUAUGACAUAGUGCAGUCUGUCCGUAAGGAGACGCAGCUCAGUCAUGAGAUGUCUAAGGUGGCUGUGGAGACUGUUCUUAUAUCCUUGAGGGAGUUCCUACCAGGUGGCGCUGCGCGUUCGAUCAUCGACGCGCUUCUCCGAGAAGCAAACAGCAACAUAACAUGCCCGCGGAACGCCAUGGACGCGGCGCCGGACGCGCUGCGCAUGCUGACGGCGCUCAACGCGCUGUCGAAGGCGGCCAACGACGCGCAGCAGCGCGGCUGGGCGCUGCACGACGACGCACACGACAUACAAACGCAGCUAAUCGAGUUGAUAUCCGUUAUGUCUAACGCGGAUGUGAAUAUAUCGCAACACGUACUGAGCAGCCACAAAUACGUUUACGUGACGACUCUGGUGCAGUAUUAUCAGAUGGAGACGCGAUGGCCGCUCAGACAACUCCUGCUGCAGGCGUUCGGCGUGAUGUGCGGCCUGGAGCGCACCGCGCUGGCCACGCUGGCGCUGUCGCAGCUGCCGCCGGAGAUCGCGCGCGACAUGCGCGACAACCCGCGCGCCGUCAGCCGCCUGUCGCACUCCGCGCUGCUGCUGUCCAUGGUGCUGUCUAUGGCCGACAAGCUGCCCGUCACACACUUCGAAAUUCUCGGCGUAGAAUUCGCCGAAUUCCUCCUACAGCUGAUCGAGAACCCCCCAGAGACGGACGUGGACGAGCAGAUACCGGAUCUGUUCCUGACAUUGCUCCUGGCCUAUAAUCUGCAGUUCGAUACUCCGGCGGAUAAUCUGCUGCUCAACGCGCUCGAGAGACGGGACAAUGCCAAGACUUUCUGUGAGAAGGUGCUGCUACUGCUUAACCGGGAAGACGACCCAGUCCACAUCUUCGACCACGAACCGGCCCCAGCGCACUCAGUCCUGAAGCUGGUCACCGACCUGUUCUCACGAAAGAAGACCGCUGAACAUUUCUACACCAACGACGUGAAAGUGGCCAUCGAUAUCAUAGUGAGGCAGCUAGCUGACUUGUCGCCGGGGGAAACGCGUCGUCAAGAAUACCUAAAGAUCCUCCAAGGCAUUAUCCGCAACACCGAAUACGGCUCCCAUCUCCACCGUCGGGACGACCUGCUCCGUUGCUUCGCUCGCAUCUUCUGCGAGGAAGGAGACUGUAGCCGGGACGACCAGACCCUCGUCAGGGCCAUAUCCAAUGAGUUCCCGCAAUACUUCAAGGCCUAAGGUUAGU